AUGAAUUCUGAAACAAAUGUUACAAUUGUCACUAUUGGUGGAUAUGUGGAAGUUGAAAAGUUUAAAUUUGCUUAUUUCUUUACAAUGUUUUUGGUUUAUAUUGUUAUCAUCUGCAGUAAUGCCACUAUUGUAUGUCUCAUUUGGAUGCACCAAAACCUCCAUGAACCAAUGUACAUUUUCAUUGCUGCUUUGCUGUGUAACUCUAUUCUCUUCAGCACUGUCAUCUACCCCAAGAUAAUGAUCGAUGUUCUGUCUGAAAAGCAGGUUGUAACAUAUUCUGCCUGUAUCGUUCAGUGCUUCUUGUAUUAUUCUCUGAAUGGUUCUGAAUUUCUGCUUUUGUCAGUCAUGGCCUAUGACCGAUAUGUGUCUAUAUGUAAACCUUUGCAAUAUCCAAAUAUAAUGAGGAAGAACAUUGUGUGUUGCUUUUUAGUUUUAGCUUGGUUUAUACCCAGCAUUCAAAUAUCUGUUCCCAAUAUACUAAUUGCUAACACCAAAUUAUGUUAUCCAACUUUGAAGGGAAUAUACUGUAAUAAUUUAAUUUAUAAAUUACACUGUAGUAUGUCUAGAGCAAUGUCUAUUUAUGGAGUGGUUGUAUUAAUUAAUGUAUCAAUCUUGCCUGUGUUUUUUAUUCUGUUCACGUACGCCAAAAUAUUUGUGAUCACUUAUAGAAGCUGUAAAGAAGUGAGGAAGAAGGCAGCAGAGACAUGCUUACCUCAUCUGUUUGUUUUGAUCAAUUUUUCCUGUUUGUUGACUUACGAUGUGGUCACAGUGAAGCUAGAAUUUGACAUGCCAAAGACUGUUCGACUGAUCAUGACCUUACAAGUGGUGCUGUAUCACCCGCUGGUCAAUCCCAUCAUAUAUGGGCUCAAAAUGAAGGAAAUCUCCAAGCAUUUAAAAAGACUAUUUACCAAGGAAAAUGUAAAAAUGAUUGAGCAAUAG